CAUCUGAUGUAUACAGCCCCUGACUGCCACCCUGCCAGCCUCCAACAGCUGAUCAAGCCCUUUCUCACAAUUCUGCCAAGGACAGUGACCCUGCCACAUCUGGGCAAGGCUGACACUGGCCCAUGCCAAAUAUCUAGAGGAUGGAGAGAGGGUGCCACCUGUGAGACUCCUCCCUCCAAGGCACUGAAGAGUGCAGGGCAGUGGGGGCCACUUCAGACUGGCCACCAAGAGAGCUGGGUCUGCGGGUCAAGGAGCAGCUUGGCCAAGGUAUGGAGGCAGAAGAUCUCUCAAAGGCUGAAGACAGAUCUGAAGAUCCAGGUUCCAAAAAUGGAGACCAGCCCUCUGUGGCGCAGUCGAAUUUCCUGGUUGGAGGGCAGAGCUCUGGCCCUACAGCCCUCUGGGACACGUUGGAAAGGCAAUUUCUGGAAUAUGAGCAGUUGAGUGACAGGAGCCCGGAUGAACGUCAGAAGAGCUUGCUAAAUCUUCUCCCCCUGUUCCUAAAGGCCUGGGAACAGUCUGUGGGCAUCAUUUGCUUUCCCAGUCUCCAAAGGCUGGCAGAAGAUGUUUCCCACCAGCUUGCCCAAGAGCUGCAGAAAGCCAUUGCUGGGAAGACUGCAGAGAAAGCACGAGUGGCAGCCGGACAGCUGCUGCGGUGGAAGGGAGACAUGGAUCAGGAUGGCUACCUGCUCCUGAAGUCGGCGUAUGUGCUCACAGGGACUGACUCAGAGACACUGGGCAAGAUUGCAGAGUCUGGGCUUCCAGCCCUGCUCCUCCGGUGCCUUUACCUCUUCUUUGCAUUUCCUCUGGAAAAGGAUGAGCUUUUUGAAAGUGACGUUCAAGUUCAGAGGAUGUUUGUGCAGAUGUUUCUCAACAUUUGCAAUGAACCUCAGGGUGUGGAGGGACUUCUUCUCCCAGAAGGUGAUCUCAAGUCACUACUGGUUGCCACAACCUGUCUUUGGGAGCAUAGCUGCUGCUUCUGGAAAGAGCCCACCUUCUGUGUGCUGAGGACAAUCUCCAAGGCCCAGAACCUUGACAUUAUCCGUUACCUGCAGGCCAUGGACUGUAUCAAGCUUUCCCUCCACAACCUGUCCAGGCUGGCAGACACCCUCCCCACUCCGGAGGUCACCGAGGCUGUGAACCUCAUCCUGGGCUUUGUGAAGGACUCCUACCCUGUCUCCUCCAUGCUGUUUCUGGAGUUUGAGAAUGCAGAUGGCUACCCCCUGCUGCUCAAGGUGUUACUCAGGUACGAUGAGCUGACCCAGAGUGAAGUGGACCCUCACCUGGAGGAGCUCCUUGGGCUGGUGGCGUGGUUGACAACCUGUGGGAAGUCAGAGCUGAAGGUGUUUGACAGCGUCACUUACCCGCAGCUUGAAGACUUCAAGUUCCAUCACGAGGUUUCUGGGGUGACUGUGAAGAAUCUUCAGGCCUUCCAGGUCCUGCAGAAUGUUUUCCACAAAGCCAGCAACACUGUCCUCUGCACACAAGUCUUGUUGGCCAUCAAGACCAUGUGGAUCUGGAACCCUCGGAACUUCUUCCUGCUGGAGUGGACCCUGCAACCCAUCUCUCAGUUUGUGGAGAUCGUGCCUCUGAAGCCGGCCACCGUGCAGGCAGGCUUCUUCCAGCUGCUGGAGGCGCUGGUGUUUGAGCUGCGCUACGUGCCCCAUGAGAUCCUGAGGAAGGUGCAGCAGCUGAUCAAGGAGAGCUCUGAGCUGUCCUGCACCCUUGUGGCCAUGCAGAGCAUCCUCAGUAUUGCUGGUGGGGACCAGCUCUUCACGGACAUCUUCCGGGACUCAGGGCUCCUGGGCCUGCUGCUGGCGAAGCUGCGGAAACAGGCCAAGAUCAUAAGGAAGUCAGGAAACAAAGAGUCCACUUCUGGUGUUCAGGAUCUAGAAGGAGAACUCAACCGUGUGAUGCUGAGAACUGUGCUCACGCUUCUGAAAGGGUCAGUUCGGAAUGCAGUUGUCCUGAAAGACCAUGGAAUGGUGCCCUUCAUCAAGAUCUUCCUGGACCACGAGUACUACCGGGACGCCUCACUAGGCAUCUUGGAGCAGCUGUCAGUCAUCAAUGCCGAGGAGUACAUGAGCAUCAUUGUGGGCGCUCUGUGCUCAUCCACUCAAGGGGAGCUUCAGCUAAAACUGGAUCUUCUGAAGUCUCUGCUCCGGAUCCUGGAGACCCCCAAGGGCCGUGCUGCUUUCAGAGUCUCCAGCGGGUUCACUGGGCUGCUGUCCCUGCUCGCCGACCUAGAGGGCUCUCUCCAUGAGCCUCCGCUGCAGGCAUGGGGGGCUGUGUCCCCCAGCCAGACCCUGGAGCUGCUGCUACACACUCUGGGGGCUGUGUCUGCUGCACUGCAGCUGGACCCCGUCAACAGUGACUUCUUCAGGAGGAAUGGACUCUUUGAGAAGCUGGCUGAGGACCUGUGCCUGUUGGGCUGCUUUGGGGCCCCUGAGGAAGAGGAAGCCCCUCUAUGGGCCGGGGCUGACACCAAAACCAGGCCAUUUGCUGAUUUGCUGAGUGCGGCCUUUUCCCCCAGCACCACGUUCCCGCCCAGGAUGCGGAGCUGUCUCCAGAUCCUUGGCUUUCUGGACAGCAUGGCCAGCGGCACCCUCCACCUGCACAGGGACCUGAAGGAGUCCCUGCAGGCCAGGCAGGAGGCAGGUGUGGAUUCCCAGAAGGGAGAAGCCAGCAGUGAUGCCCAAGGCAACAUCAAACAGUGGCCAGCCCUGGAGGAAAGGUCGGAGGAAGGUGAUGCUGUGAUGGCACAUCCUGGCAUGGUGUGCAUCAUGGUGAGGCUGCUGCCUCGGUUGCACCAUAAAGAUCACCCACAGCUUUCCCAGGAGAUCCAGUGCUCCCUGGCCAGUCACAUCCAGUUCCUGGUGAAAUCGGAGAAGAACCGCCAGGUGGCGUGCGAGGCAGGCUUGCUCAGGACCCUCAUGGCCUCCUGCCAUCGGGCCCUGGCCAACCGCAGCAACCCCCUGCACUCACGCCUCAUCAGGAUCUUUGAGAAGCUGGGCUCCCAGGCCAUUGAGCCGGAUGUGUUAAGGCAGUUUCUAGGUCUUGGAAUUCCCCUACCUCUGUCGGCUGCAACUAAGACCCUCAAUUCAUCUGAAGCACAUGGAGGCAUCCCUGGGUGCCCAGGGCCACAGACUGCAGCACCAGACACAGCUGAGGGACCUCAGAGAGCUGCCUUGGAAGCUGGCCCAUGCUCAGGAGCCAGGCAGGCCCUGCCUCCCUCAGGGGAGUCCCAGGAUUCGACCACUGCCCUUCAGACAGUGCUGAGCCUCAUCUCCAUGACCUCCCCACGCAACCUGCAGCCUCAGAGGACCGCCCUGGCCCCAUCCUUUGUGGAGUUUGACAUGUCUGUGGAAGGCUAUGGAUGCUUAUUUAUUCCAACCGUGUCUACGGUUAUGGGAACCAGCACCGAGUACUCCGUCUCCGGAGGGAUUGGGACAGGCACUGCCAGGCCAUUUCCUCCAUCUGGGGGCCUCACCUUCUCCUGCUGGUUCCUGAUCAGCAGGCACGGAACUGUCACUGAGGGCCACCCCCUGCGCUUCCUAACCCUGGUGCGCCACCUGGCCAGGACCGAGCUGCCCUUUGUCUGCUUCUCUGUCAGCCUCUGCCCCGAUGACCUCUCCUUGGUUGUAUCCACAGAAGAGAAGGCGUUUCAGCCCCUGGAUAUCAUGGAACCCGAGGAUGACUCUGAGCCAUCAGCAGGGCGCCAGCUGCAGGUCAGGUGUGGCCAGCUCCUGGCUAGUGGGCAAUGGCAUCACUUGGCUGUGGUUGUCACCAAGGAAAUGAAGAGGAAUUGUACCAUUUCCACCUAUCUGGAUGGACAGGUUAUCGGCUCAGCCAAGAUGUUGUAUAUUCAGGCCUUACCAGGACCUUUCCUUUCAAUGGAUCCAUCUUCAUUUGUGGAUGUUUAUGGAUAUAUUGCUACCCCACAAGUUUGGAAACAAAAGUCAUCCUUAAUCUGGCGUCUUGGCUCUGCAUACCUCUUUGAAGAAGCCAUUUCAAUGGAAACUCUGGAAAUUAUUAACAAACUUGGCCCGAGAUACUGUGGUAACUUCCAAGCUGUGCAUGCCCAAGGAGAGGACCCAGACAGUGAAGCCAUACCCCUGGUUGAAGAGGAAAGGGUUUCUUUUGGACUCCACAUAGCCAGCUCUUCUGUCACCAAUGUAGCAGACAUCAGAAAUGCUUACAAUGAGGUGGAUAGUCGCCUGAUUGCCAAAGAGAUGAAUGUUUCAUCCCGUGACAAUGCCACACCUGUGUUCUUGCUGAGAAAUUGUGCCAGCCAUCUGUCAGGUUCUCUGCGAACCAUUGGAGCCGUUGCUGUGGGUCAAUUAGGGGUGAGGGUGUUCCACUCCAGCCCUGCUGCCAGCAGCCUGGACUUCAUCGGUGGGCCUGCCAUCCUCCUGGGCCUCAUCUCCUUAGCGACGGACGACCACACCAUGUAUGCGGCUAUGAAGGUCCUGCACUUGGUCCUGACUAGUAAUGCCAGAUGUGACAGCCUGAUGCAGCACAUCGGCGGGUACCAGAUACUGGCACUUCUCCUGAAGAAAAAGGUCUCGCUCCUAAACCAUCGAAUUUUUCAGCUGAUCCUUUCAGUUGCUGGCACUGCAGAGCUGGGCUUUGGGUCAUCUGUUAUCACCAAUGUUGGUGUCUUCCAGAACAUCCUCUGCAAUUUCGAGCUCUGGAUGAAUACAGCAGACAACCUGGAGCUUACUCUCUUUUCCCAUCUUAUGGAAAUUCUUCAAUCACCAAGGGAAGGACCUAGAAAUGCUGAAGUUGCUCACAAGGCAGGGCUGAUACCUAAGCUCGUCUUCCUCUUCAAUGAGCCAAACCUCACCCCUGCCAAGAUCUCCACCAUCAUCGCCAUCUUGGGUUGUCAGUUGAGAGGCCACUUCAGUGUCCAGGACUUACUCAGGAUCGGGCUGUCUAUUGUGUACACCCUCAAGCCUUCGUCAAUGAGUGAGAGGCAGAUCUGUGUGGAUGGAGCCCUGGACCCUUCUGUGCCUGCUCGAAGCCAAACAUCUGGAAAGACAAUCUGGCUCAGGAACCAGUUGCUGGAGAUGCUGCUUGGUGUAAUAUCUUCCCCCCAACUUCAUCUAUCCUCUGAGUUGAAGGAAUCACUGUUUCUGAGCCUGGGCCCCGACUGGUUCCUGCUGCUCCUACAAGGCCACCUGCAUCCAAGUACCACCGUGCUGGCCUUAAAGCUGCUGCUGCACUUUCUGGCAAACCCCUCCCUCCGUGGGCGAUUUAAAGAUGGCCUGUGUGCAGGAUCCUGGGUGGAACACAGUGCCAAGGGAGUGGACAUCGUGAUGGACAACCUGAAGAGCCACCCUCCACUGCCUGAGCAGAGCUCCUGCCUGCUUCCUGGGUUCCGGGUCUUGAACGACUUUCUGGCCCACCAUAUUCACAUCCCAGAAGUCUACCUCAUCGUGGCCGCCUUCCUCCUGCAGACGCCGCUUACAGAGCUGAUGGAUGGCCCCGAAGACAGCCUUGAGGCCAUGCUUCAGUGGCUCCUGCAGAAGCACCAUCAGGAAGAAGUCCUCCGGGCUGGGCUGUGCAUGGAAGGUGCCCUACUACUCCUGGAAAUGUUGAAAGCCACCAUGAACCAGCCCUCUGCAGGAGCUGAAGACAGCCCCUGCGAGCAGACGUUCCCUGCCAGUGUGCUACAGUUCCUUGGCCUCGUGCACCGCACUUACCCCCAGGACCCCUCAUGGAGAGCUCCCGAGUUCCUCCAGACCCUGGCCACAGCCACCUUCCCCCUGGGAAGCCAGAAGGGGACCAUGGCUGAGUCUGCUUGGAACGCCAGCAGUCCUGAGACUGAGGCUGAAAGUGACAGCACGGUGAAGGCUCUCCAGGCUCCUGUCAAGUCACAUCUCGUCCGGAAGCAGCUGAGGGAGUUCCUGCAGCUUCUUCUGAGGGAGCUCCUACUAGGGGCCCCCAGCCCCAAGCAGUGGCUGCCCCUGGAGGUGCUCCUGGAGGCUUUUCCAGACAACGCCACCAGCCAACAGAAGCGAGACUUCCAGUCUGCAGUCCUGCUCUCCUCCAUGGAAACGUUCCACAUGAUGAGUGGUGGCAACGUGCUGAUACUCAGAGGCAGUAAAGAGCCUCACACAAAUGCAGAAACUGCUGCUGCUGCCUUACUCGGAAACGUCUCCUACUUCACCCAGAAGCUGGUGGAGAAGCUGAACAGCGGGAUGUUCUCAGCAGACCCCAGACACAUCCUGCUGUUCAUUCUGGAGCACAUCAUGGUGGUCAUCGAGACUGCCUCUUCUCAAAGGGAAACUGUUCUCAGCACUUUAUACAGCAGUUUAAAUAAAGUCGUUCUUUACUGCCUCUCCAAGCCCCAGCAGUCCCUCUCCGAAUGCCUCAGCCUUCUCAGCAUCCUGAGCUUUCUACAGGAACACUGGGAUGUUAUCUUUGCCACCUACAAUUCCAACGUCAGCUUCCUUCUGUGUCUCAUGCACUGCCUUUUGAUGCUCAAUGCAAGAAGUUAUCCAGAGGGAUUCGGAUUGGAACCCAAGCCUAGAAUGUCUCCUUAUCAUCAAGUCUUCCUUUCUGCAAAUGAAGAAGGCAAAGAAAAAAGAGGAGAAGACUUUUCAACUUUGAGUGAUGUCCAGCACAACAUCCAGACAACAGUACAGACUCUCUGGCAGAAGCUUGUGGCACAGAGGCGGCAAGUCCUGGAAGAUACCUUCAAGAUAGAUCUCUCUGUGAAACCUGGAGAGAGUGAAGUGAAGAUUGAAGAGGUCACCCCACUCUGGGAAGAGACAAUGCUCAAGGCCUGGCAGCAUUACUUAGCAUCCGAGAAGAAGUCACUGGCCAGUCGCUCGAAUGCCACCCACCAUAGCAAAGUCACUUCAUGGAGUGAAAGCCUGUCCUCAGCCAUGAGGUUGAUGCCUGGACGGCAGGCCAAGGACCCUGAGUGCAAGACAGAGGAUUUUGUGUCAUGUAUAGAGAAUUACAGAAGAAAAGGACAGGAGCUAUAUGCAUCUUUAUACAAAGACCAUGUACAGAGGCGGAAAUGUGGUCACAUCAAGGCAGCCAAUGCCUGGGCCCAGAUCCAGGAGCAGCUUUUUGGGGAGCUGGGAUUGUGGGGUCAGAGGGAAGAAGCUACCCCUAGCUCCCGGUGGGAACUCGACCGGAGAGAAGGACCUGCUGGUAUGAAGAAACGCAUCAAACGCCUGUCUCUGCUGGACGCCCAGAACUCAUGGAGGCACAAGGAGGGCCAAGACAAAAAUAAGGAUCUUUUUCAAGCAAAUGCUGAAAACCCAGUUAAGUUGGCACCAGAGGAGGUGGAGAGUGAGCCAGACGAGGUGGCUGUGGACUGCACUCAGCUGACCUUUUUCCCUGCCUUGCAUGAAAGUCUGCACUCAGAGGAUUUCUUGGAGCUGUGUCAGGAAAGACAAGUUAUUUUACAAGAGCUUCUUGAUCAAGAAAAGGUGACUCAGAAGUUCUCCUUGGUGAUUGUGCAGGGCCACUUGGUCUCCGAAGGUGUCCUGCUCUUUGGCCACCAACACUUCUACCUCUGUGAGAACUUCACACUGUCUGCCAUGGGCGAUGUCUACUGCACCCGCCACUGCUUAUCCAACAUCAGUGAUCCAUUCAUUUUCAACAUGUGCAGCAAAGACAGGUCCUCUGACCAUUACUCGUGCCAGCGCCACAGCUAUAGCGACGUGAGGGAGCUCCGGCAGGCCCGCUUCCUCCUGCAGGACAUUGCCCUGGAGAUCUUCUUCCAAAAUGGACAUUCCAAAUUUCUGGUUUUUUACAACAGUGAUCGGAAUGAGGCCUGCAAAAGCUUCUGCUCUUUCCAACCCAGCCUGAAGGGGAAAGGCAUCGCAGAGGACCCCCUCAAUCUAAGGAGAUACCCCAGCUCUGAAAGGACCAUGCUGCAGAAGUGGCAGAAAAGAGAGAUCAGCAAUUUUGAGUAUCUCAUGUACCUCAACACCGUGGCGGGGAGGACCUACAAUGACUGCACACAGUACCCCGUGUUCCCCUGGGUCCUUGCGGACUACACCUCAGAGACAUUGAACUUGACGAAUCCCAAGACUUUCCGGGAUCUUUCAAAGCCCAUGGGGGCUCAGACCAAGGAAAGGAAGCUGAAAUUUAUCCAGAGGUACAAAGAAGUUGAGAAAACUGAAGGAGACAUGACUGUCCAGUGCCACUAUUAUACACACUACUCCUCGGCCAUCAUUGUCGCCUCCUACCUGGUCCGGAUGCCCCCCUUCACCCAGGCUUUCUGUGCUCUGCAGGGUGGGAGCUUCGACGUAGCAGACAGAAUGUUCCACAGUGUGAAGAGCACAUGGGAGUCGGCCUCCAGAGAGAACAUGAGUGAUGUCAGGGAGCUGACACCGGAGUUCUUCUACCUGCCUGAGUUCUUAACCAACUGCAACGCUGUGGAGUUUGGUUGCAUGCAGGAUGGGACAGCGCUAGGGGAUGUGCAGCUUCCUCCCUGGGCUGAUAGGGACCCUCGGAAAUUCAUCAGCCUUCACAGACAGGCUCUGGAAAGUGACUUUGUCAGUGCCAACCUCCACCAUUGGAUAGACCUCAUUUUUGGGUACAAGCAGCAAGGCCCGGCCGCAGUGGAGGCCGUGAACACUUUCCACCCCUACUUCUAUGGCGACAAGGUGGAUCUGCACAAAAUCACUGACCCCCUGAUCAAGAGCACCAUCCUGGGGUUUGUCAGCAACUUCGGGCAGGUGCCCAAGCAGCUCUUUACCAAACCCCACCCGGCCAGGACUGCAGCAGGGAAGCCUUCCCCUGGAAAGGACACCUCCACGCCCUCCAGCCUGCCUGGCCACCCACAGCCUUUUGUCUACAGCCUGCAGUCGCUGAGACCCUCCCAGGUCAUAGUCAAAGAUAUGUACCUUUUCUCUCUAGGCUCAGAGUCCCCGAAAGGAGCCAUCGGCCACAUUGUCUGUAACGAGAAGACCAUCCUGGCCAUGGAGAAGAGCAAGGUGCUCCUGGCGGUGGAGAAGAACAAGAUACUGCUGCCUCCUCACUGGAACAAAACCUUCAGCUGGGGCUUCGAUGACUUCAGCUGCUGCCUGGGGACCUAUGGCUCUGACAAGAUCCUGAUGACGUUCGAGGACCCGGCUGCCUGGGGCCGUUGUCUAUGUGCUGUGUGCCUGUCCCCCACAAUGAUUGUCACUUCUGGUGACAGCACCGUGGUAUGUGUGUGGGAGCUGAGCACAACCAAAGGCUGCCCAAGAAGUUUGCGCCUCAGGCAGGCCUUGUAUGGACACACACAGCCUGUCACGUGCCUGGCAGCAUCAGUCACCUACAGCCUCCUGGUGAGCGGCUCCCAGGACACCACCUGCAUCCUGUGGGACCUGGACUACCUCACCUACGUGACCCGCUUGCCUGCCCACAGGGAGGGCAUCUCAGCCAUUGCCAUCAGUGACAUCUCGGGCACCAUUGUCUCCUGUGCGGGAGCCCACUUGUCCCUUUGGAAUGUCAAUGGACAGCCCCUGGCUAGCAUCACCACAGCCUGGGGCCCAGAAGGAGCCAUAACCUGCUGCUGUGUAAUGGAGGUCCCAGCCUGGGACAAUAGCCAUGUUGUCAUUACUGGGAGUCAAGAUGGCAUGGUCCGGAUCUGGAAGACUGAGGACGUGAAGAUGUCUGUUCCUGGGUGCCCAGCAGCAGAGGAGCCUUUGGCUCAGCCUUCAAGCCCAAGAGGUCACAAGUGGGAGAAGAACCUUGCCCUGAGUCGAGAGCUGGAUGUCAGCAUUGCUUUGACAGGCAAGCCCAGCAAGACCAGACCUGCAGUGACAGCUCUGGCGGUGUCCAGAAACCAGACCAAACUCCUGGUUGGCGAUGAGAAGGGGAGGAUAUUCUGCUGGUCUGCAGAUGGGUAGAGAGCAAGAGGCUGUGGGGUCUCUGGCAUGGCAGCCCAGGUGCCAGAGAUGAUGCAGGGCCUGGACUCUGUCCCAGAAGGAAACCCCCAAGGCCUCGCAACCGCAGCUGUAAAGGAGGGGGCCUCUGGCCCUCAGAGCUCCACACCUUAUCCCUUUCAUGGCCUUGGGACUUCUACAGACAAAAUGUGAGCACACACCUGGGGUCUGCAUACAGAGCUCUGGAGGCUGUGACUUGCUGAUGCCAAGCCGCAGGUGAAAUUACACAGGACUUGCCUUGACUAGGGCUAUCCCACUGAAAAAAAUGGGGUAGCUUACCAGAGACUAAUAGAAAUUAUUGUAUUGUCUUUAUUUUAUUAAAGCAACUAUUUUCCAAAA